UCACCCUUUAGGCCACGUGCUGAGUUCAUUUUUGAUUUUCUUGUAGUUAUGUAGUAUAUAUUCGAUUGUAAUAUAUUUAAUAAUCGUUAAAAAUGUCUCAUUAUAACUUUAAAAAGAUUGCAGUUGUCCCAGCUGCUAAGGACUUCAUUAAUAUUAUUUUAUCAAAGACUCAGAGGAAGACUCCAACUGUAGUUCAUAAACACUACAAGAUUUCAAGAAUUCGACAGUUUUAUAUGAGAAAAGUGAAAUUUACUCAACAAAAUUUUCAUGAUAAAUUAACACAAAUUUUAACAGAUUUUCCAAAAAUUGAGGACAUUCAUCCUUUUUUUGCGGAUUUAAUGAAUAUAUUAUAUGAUAAGGAUCAUUAUAAAUUAGCACUUGGACAAUUAAACACAGCUCGUCACCUGAUUGACAAUGUAUCAAAAGAAUAUGUUAGAUUACUGAAAUAUGGUGAUUCACUUUAUCGUUGUAAACAAUUAAAAAGAGCUGCUUUAGGCAGAAUGGCAACAAUAAUGAGUAGACAGAAAGAAAAUCUCCUGUAUUUAGAACAAGUUAGACAACAUAUAUCAAGACUUCCAUCAAUCGAUCCAAAUACAAGGACUAUAUUAAUAUGUGGUUUCCCAAAUGUUGGAAAAUCAAGUUUUAUUAAUAAGAUAACAAGAGCUGAUGUUGAUGUUCAACCUUAUGCAUUUACUACAAAAUCUUUAUUUGUUGGACAUACUGAUUAUAAAUAUCUGAGAUGGCAAGUUAUUGACACACCAGGUAUUUUAGAUCAUCCUCUUGAAGAAAGAAAUACAAUAGAAAUGCAAGCUAUCACAGCUUUGGCUCAUUUGAGAGCAUGUGUCUUAUUUAUAAUGGAUCUUUCUGAGCAAUGUGGCUAUACAAUAGAAGAUCAGAUUAGUUUGUUUGAAAGUAUUCGUCCACUGUUUGUCAAUAAACCUCUGAUCCUAGUAAUUAAUAAAAUUGACAUUAUAAGAUUAGAAGAAUUGCCAGAAGAAAGAAAAAACUUUAUGUUGAAUAUUGAGAAAGAAGAAAUACCUGUAAUGCAGAUGAGUACUGUUACAGGAGAAGGCAUAAUUGAAUUGAGAAAUGAAGCAUGUGACCGCUUAUUAGCUCACAGAGUUGAAUUAAAGAUGAAGAAUAAAAAGGCUGAUGGUAUACUUAAUCGCUUGCAUGUAGCAGUGCCAGUUCCACGAGAUGAUAAGGAAAGACCACCUUACAUUCCAGAAGGUGUUACAAGUAAAAAAAAUUCCAUGGAAACAGAUCAAAAACAUAAAAAACUGGAAAGAGAUCUUGAAGUGGAAAUGGGAGAUGAUUAUAUUCUGGACUUAAAAAAAAAUUAUGACCUGGCGGAAGAAGAAAAAUACGACGUCAUUCCGGAAAUUUGGCACGGUAAGAACGUGGCCGAUUUCGUCGAUCCCGAAAUAAUGAAGAAAUUGGAGGAGCUGGAAAAGGAAGAAGAGCUGAGGGAGAAAGCGGGAUUUUAUCUGCCGCCCGAACGCGACGAAGAAGCCGAAGAAAUUGAAUUGCGUGCCAAAAAAAUUAAAGAGCGAAUGAUCGUGGCCAAGCUGGAGUCUCAAAUUAAGAACACGUCUAAGCCGAAAAUGCCACGAGCCGGACAGAAGAGGAAUCGUAGCGUCAGCCGUCUGCGUCUGCAGAUGCAGGAUCUGGGAGUGGAAUUGGACGAGGAGGGGAUGAAGAACGCCAGGGCGGCUUCGGAGGUGCGCCGGGCGCCUUCGGUCAAGCGCAGGAGGACCGAUUCCGAGGGUCGAGUGCGCAGCAGUUCCAAGAAGCCGCGCGAUCAGACGGGACUUCCGGACCGACAGACGAAAAAGAAGGCCGAGAAGCUGAAGAGGAAGAGUCGCGUUCCGGCCAAUCGUCUGGGACGUCGAGGAGAAGCCGAUCGGAUGGUGCCGAACCUCAAGCCCAAGCAUCUUUUGUCGGGCAAACGCGGAAUCGGAAAGACGCGCAGACGAUAGACUUUACAAUAAAGUCAAAGUGCGAAGUA